AUGAGUAUAACAUUAUUUCCAAAUAGUGGAAGAUUACUCGUUUGGCAUAAGCCAAAUGAAGAAUUAGAGAAUGAUUGUCUUCAAGCUAAAGUUCAAGGUAAUGGUGGAGGUAUAAACUACUGGUCUUGGAUAAGUGCAGAUUAUGAUAAAGGUCCUUUAGUCUGUUAUGAUAGUUCUAUGAUUAAAGAAAAAUAUAUUGAAAUUCUUAAAAAAUAUAUAGAACCUGUAUUUAAACGUCAUUCUUAUGAUCUUGACCAAUAUUGUCAAGAAGAGUGGCGUAAUAUUACAAUGGAUGAUAUACAGAAGUAUACAAGCAAUGUAACUAAAAGAGUUAAGGCUGUAAAAGCCAAUAAUGCAAAAAUACCCUGA